AUGGCUUUCGACGACUUUAAUGACAAAAUCACACCUGCCAACCCAAGCCGGGAAACAUCACCAAACCGCGGCUCCUCCGUCCAUCAAUCUAUCGCCAUACCCAAGCCCUGCAAACCACUCCGACAAUUGCAGCAAGAACAAAACAUCGACCGCGAUGCCCAAAUCAAACUCACAAAACUGGUGCACAUGCGGUACCAACAUCCUGAUCUAGACGAAAUAACCACCUUUCUACGUGACUUUGGCAUGAGCGUAGCCCAAAAAGCCCCAGGCAAGAAAUGGUUCAAAGGCUACGGCUCAGACCAAUACGUCUACUACGCACAAGAAGGAGAGAAAAAGUUCCUCGGCGGCUGUUUCGAAGUAGAAAGCUACGCCGAGCUAGAAAAAGCGUCGAAAGUUGCGGGUGCUGGUCCUAUCGAGGAGUUGACCGACGCACCAGGCGGCGGCCACAUGAUCACAUUGCACGACCCAGAAGGCUUCCCCAUAAAUCUCAUUCACGGGCAAACGAAAAAAGAACCCGGUCCCUUCCCAGAAGUCCUAACAACAAACUACGAAAACGAAAAGCCUCGCAUCGCGCGCUUCCAACGCUUCAAACCCGGUCCCGCCGCCGUGCACAAACUCGGCCACUACGGCCUCUGCGUCCAAAACUUCCAAGCCGAAAUGCAAUGGUACACCCGCACCUUCAACAUCGUCCCCACCGAUUUCCUCUACAUCAACCCCAACCCGUCCGACCCCUCCCUCCCCCAACAAAAAGACGUAGCCAUCUUCGCGCACCUCGACCUCGGUCCCGGCUACACAGACCACCACACCAUCUUCCUCUCCAGCAACCCCACUUCCCAUGUCCAUCACUGUAGUUUCGAAGUCCACGACUUUGAUACGCAGAAUUUGGGGCAUGAGUGGUUGGCGAUUGUUUGA